GAGGAAAACUACAGCCUGCCGAGAUGUGCAAAGGAUUAGCAGCGUUGCCCCACACGUGCCUGGAGAGGGCCAAGGAGAUCAAGAUCAAGCUAGGCACGCUGCUCCAGAAGCCCGACUCGGCCAUUGACUUCAUCGUCCCCUACCCAGAGAAGCCAGAGAAGCCGCCCAAGGCCCAGAAGCCAUCACUGGAGGAGGCUCUGCAGUGGCGCGAUUCCCUGGAGAAGCUCCUGCAAAACCCCUACGGGCUCGCCAGCUUCCGCAGCUUCCUGCGCUCCGAGUUCAGCGAAGAGAACAUCGAGUUUUGGGUGGCCUGUGAGGACUACAAGAAAACCAAGUCCCCCGUGAAGAUGGCAGAGAAGGCCAAGAAGAUCUACGAGGAGUUCAUCCAGACCGAGGCACCCAAAGAGGUCAGUGGCCACGGGGUGAACAUCGACCACUUCACCAAGGCUGUGACCAUGAAGAACCUGGUGGAGCCAUCACCAAGCAGCUUUGACAUGGCCCAGAAGAGGAUCUUUGCCCUGAUGGAGAAAGACUCCCUGCCUAGAUUUGUGCGGUCGGAGUUUUAUCAGGAGUUAAUCAAGUAGCAAUGCGGCAGGGCUGUGCGAGGCAUUCCCCACGGGCGGUCCCACUGCUUCUGUCUAAACACCUGCCCCUUCUCCUGCAGCCGCUUCGCUUUCUUGAUACCACCCUAGAAGAGCACCCAGGGGUGUUGCUAAACAUCUGCCCCUGUGCUUUGGACUGUCAGAUGUCCUGAUGUUUCCUCUCUUACAGUCUCUUUCCUCUCCCACAAAAGACCAAUUAGCAGAAACCCCUGGUGAUCCUCCCUGGGUCUGGGACCCAGAAGGGCGGUGGAGCAGCCCCAGCCCCGCAGUGACCGGGAGCCACUCGGGCAGCCGGCGCGUCCCUGGCGCUGUGGGGCUUGGCUUUAGUUGGAGGCUCUGAGGUGCCGGCUCUGCCUUCUUAGGACUUCUUAGGACAUAACAAGUUUUCUCCCAGUUUUCUCCCAGUUUUGCCCACAUCGCUUUGGUUUGGCCCAGGCUUGCUCCCUCCUCCCAGCUUCCCAGGGUGUUGCUGAGGCUGCACAGGGUACCCUGUGGGUGCUCCCCUCCCUGGCUAAGUCCAGCACACCUGCAGCCCUGGGGUGCAGUGUGGGGCAUGUCCAUCGCGUGAUUGGCAUCACCUUGUCUUCAAUCAGCAGGCACAGUGACGGCCGUAUGGCAGGGACGGCAGUACGGCAGAGCCGGGAGCCGCACGGCCAUGUGCCGCAGGGUGCACCCGGCUGGCACGAGGGGUGGGCAGAGCGAGCCUGCAGCACCAGUUCCCCAGCGACUCCACUGGGGAGCCAGCUGUGAGACAGCCUGUUUGCUUCACACUAAAGACAGUAAAGAGGAUAAACCAAGAUCUGUUUGUUCAAAACACCGGGAACUGUUUAGCAACCCAGACCUCCCACUCGCUCCAACCACUUGCAUGAUGUACUGAGCUCACAGUCUGCAGCCUGUGCCCGUGUCCCCGGUGCCUACGCGCAGCCCUCAGCAGCGCUGGUGGCUGGUGGUGUGCUUGGAUUGCAGGUUCGGGUGUUGCUGCAGUGGUUUCUUGCUCCAGUUGCUUCUCUCUGCCGUAGGCACGCCAAAGCGAUACUUCUGCACAAACUCAAUGGAGGGGCAUUGAUUAGAGGAGGGAGGAAAAUCAUGUUGGGGGAAAAAAGCUGCAAUUGCAACUGUCCAGAUCCAAUUAAAAAAACUAAACCAAACCCAAAAAACCAAGCCCAAACACAAAACCAUCAUUGGAAAUAUGAAAAAUAAACCCCUGGCUUCUUGAACAGACGGCAAACUCUGCUGAGUUUGUGUAGCCUGCAUCUCUCUCUCCUGUCUCCUCCUGUCUGCCCAGGACAUGUGUUUCCAUAAGGCUGUCUCUUAAAAAGACCAGCUCUUUUCAAAUGAUUCAAAGCCAGCCCACUGUUUGCUACAAGAGGAAAUCACAUCUGAGGAUGGGGCAAGGGCAUGCGUGAAAGGCGGCUGGGGUCUCAUUUCAGCCUCGAGGCGAACGCGAUGAACCCCUGCUCUGUGGGGCCUGGACCUUUCGCCCCUGCGGUGGUUUCCUGGUGCAGCAUCCGCAGCGCCGUGACUUGCAACGAGCUGCUUCAGCCGGCAACCUGACAGAUGCGGGCAAGACAACAAGCGACCAUGCUCCCAGCAGGCAUCCUGGACCAGCCAACCCCCCCCCAGGCGGCUCAACUUCAACUGCAAGUCCUAAGACUCCAUCUGAAAUGCAAUAACAUAAACAACGGGUUUGCCAGCCUCUUCAAGACUUUCAAAAUCUGAUCAAAACCCCACCAGCCCCAAAUAUUUACGCAUUGUCACUAUGGUGAUGAAGAAAAAUACAUCCCGAGCUGCAGGAAGUGGGCUGCUUUUCCAGGCAGGAAUGGGGAGGCAGGGGAAGGAUGGAGGCCAUCACAAACGUGACUUUUUUUUUCCUCUGGAGCAAAUGGCCUGAGAAAGUUGGUGCUGGAGCGGCAGGGGGUGAUGCUCGCUGGGCAUUCCCCUGGGGUGAGGCGGGGGGGCGGCUUGGGCGGCCCCAAAGAGCCCGAGGGAGCCCACGAGUGGCAGGAGGGUCCCGUCAAAAGGGCGCAGGAUCCCCUGGCAGCGCCCGCUGCCCAGAGCUGGUGGGCAACAAGGGG